AUGAGGAAGAAUAAACUGCAGCCGCUCUCCACCCUAUCUGGCCUCGUCGCCGUCGCCAUUGUCGCGCUACUCGCGUCGUCCCACUUUGCGGCGGCUUCCGGCGGCGGGAUCGGAGGAAGCUUCCCCAGCAGUGGCCUCUCCGACGCCGAGGUCGGCCUCAUCCGUCAGCGGCAGCUCCUCUACUACCGCGAUGAGUACGGCGACCGGGGGGAGGAGGUGAGAGUCGACCCCAGCCUGACCUUCCUCAACAGGCGCCUCCGCUCGGCCUACAUUGCUCUCCAGGCAUGGAAGCAGGCGAUCCUCUCCGAUCCGUUCAACCUCACCGGCGACUGGAUCGGGGCGAACGUCUGCGGCUACACCGGCGUCUUCUGCGCUCCGGCCCCCUACGAUCCGAACGUCACGGUGGUCGCCGGCGUCGAUCUCAACCACGGGGACAUCGCCGGCUACCUCCCCGAGGAGCUCGGCUUGCUGACGGAUCUGGCGUUGUUCCAUAUCAAUUCCAACCGCUUCUGCGGCACCGUCCCUCGCAAGUUCGAGAACCUGAAGUUCCUCUUCGAGCUCGACCUCAGCAACAACCGGUUUGCCGGCAAGUUCCCGCGGGUGGUCCUCAGGCUCCCGUCCCUCAAGUUCCUGGAUCUCCGUUUCAACGAGUUCGAGGGGAAGGUGCCGCGCGAGCUGUUCGACAAGGAUCUGGAUGCCAUUUUCAUCAACCACAACCGUUUCUCCUUCGAUCUACCGGACAACUUCGGCAACUCGCCGGUGUCUGUGAUUGUGCUCGCCAACAACCGCUUCCGGGGCUGCGUUCCGGCGAGCCUCGGCAACAUGUCGCGGACGCUCAACGAGAUCAUCCUCACCAACAACGGCCUCCGAUCUUGCUUUCCGCCGGAGAUCGGGCUGCUCAAGGAGCUGACGGUGCUGGAUGUCAGCAAUAACGAGCUCGUCGGCCCCCUGCCAGGGAGCCUCGGCGGGCUGCGGAGCCUGGAGCAGCUCAACGUGGCGCACAACAUGCUCUCCGGGAAGAUCCCCGAGAGCAUAUGCUCGCUUCCUCGCCUGCAGAACUUCACCUACUCGUACAACUUCUUCUCUGGCGAGCCACCAUCGUGCUUGAAGCUGCGGGCGUUCGACGAUCGCAAGAACUGCCUCCGCGGUCGUCAGGGGCAGAGAUCUCCAAGCCAAUGCAAAAGCUUCCUCUCUCGCCCGGUUGACUGCAGCGCCUUUAGGUGCGCUCCAUUUGUGCCUGCUUUACCACCUCCACCUCCUCCGUCUCCUCCUCCGCCUCCGGUGGCGUCGCCGCCUCCUCCCCCACUGGUCUAUUCACCCCCUCCGGUGUCCCCUCCACCUCCACCACCCCCUCUUCCGCCGCCUCCACCUCCGCCACCUCCGCCACCUCCGCCACCUCCGCCACCACCUCCACCUCCACCUCCACCUCCACCUCCACCUCCACCUCCACCUCCACCUCCACCUCCACCUCCACCUCCACCUCCACCACCUCCACCACCGCCAUCUCCGCCGCCACCUUCCCCUUCGCCACCUCCGCCGCCACCGCCACCACCUCCGCCACCGCCGCCGUCGCCCCCACCGCCUUCUCCACCUCCGCCGGUACAUCCUCCUCCCUCACCUCCUCAACCUUCCCCGCCGGCACCUAUUUACUGCGUCCGGUCUCCUCCACCUCCGCCGAAGUCUCCUCCUCCCCCAGCAUACUCACCACCCCCUCCAGUGUUUUAUCCCCCUCCUCCACCUGGAUCUCCGCCGCCACCUCCAUACCCGUCGCCCCCACCACCUCACUACUCUCCGCCGCCACCUCCAUACCCGUCGCCCCCACCAUCUCACUACUAUCCGCCGCCACCUCCAUACCCGUCGCCCCCACCGCCUCACUACUCUCCACCGCCACCUGAACACCACUACUCUCCUCCGCCCAAUUCGCCGCCGCCGCCGCCACCACCUCCGUGCAUAGAACCCCCACCGCCUCCUCCUCCGUGCAUCGAACCCCCACCGCCGCCACCUCCGUGCAUCGAACCCCCACCGCUGCCUCCUCCUCCGUGCAUCGAGCCACCACCAUCUCCAGUGUACUCCUAUGCGUCUCCCCCGCCGCCCUCACCUCCUCCACCUUCACCGCCCCCACCGACUCCGAUCUACCACUAUGCCUCUCCGCCGCCUCCCUCUCCUCGACCUUCGCCCCCGCCCCCAACUCCAGUCUACCAUUACCUCUCUCCACCGCCACCUUCGCCACCUCCACCAACCCCUGUCUACCAUUACGUCUCACCACCACCACCGCCACCGCCAUCUCCUCCGCCUCCGCCGCCGCCAUCACCCUCACCUUCUCCCCCUCCGAUUCCUUGUGAAUCUCCGCCCGCUCCUCCCCCGACCACGCCACCCGUGUAUGAAGUUCCACUGCCGCCCAUCUUUGGAAUCCCAUACGCCUCACCUCCCCCUCCUCCCUUCUAUUGA